AUGAUGAAUAUUGUUGCAAUGAUCUUUGCAUUUGGGACAAUAGUCGUAGCCCAUUUGUUACCCUAUGGAUUUACAUAUGCCACUACGACAUUCAUGAACUUUUCAAAACCCAAAGGAACACUUAAAACCAUCAAGAGUGACAACGGAGAUGUUAUCGAUUGCAUUGAUAUCUACAAACAAAUCGCUUUCGAUAAUCCAUUGAUUAAGAGUUUGCAACUCAAUCUAUACUUGGACAAGCAGAUGAAAAUAGAUAACUCUCUCCCCGAGAAUAAACUUGUCCAGGGCUGGCAUAGAAAUGGCAAAUGCCCAUUUCAAACAGUCCCUAUUCUAAGAACCCUUAAGAAUCAAUUUAAGUCGUUUCAGCCAUUUCCAGCCAUCAAAUAUGCUGACUUUAAGAAGCAUGAGCAUGCAGCGGUAUGGAAUAAGAAAGGAGAAUACCAUGGAACUUCUGCAAAAUUCAGUGUUUCGAAUCCUCGAACUGAGAAAAAUGAUUUUAGCUUAUCGCAACUUUGGCUUGCAUCUGGGCUUAACACAUUGAAAUUAAACUCCAUUGAAGCCGGUUGGACAAGAGAUUCCUAUGGCAAAACAGGAUGUUAUAACCUAAGAUGCCCUGGCUUCGUGCAAACAAGCCAAACUUUUGCCCUCGGCUCUCCCCUAGAAUUACCGAUUUCCACACAUGACAAGAAAUCGAGCGACAUACAAAUUUCUAUCUAUAAGGUCUUGUUCGAUCUGGAUUAUUCGGAUAACUAG